GCUACUACAGUGGUGGCUACAACAAUGCGGGAAAUCAACAUCAGAUGCAGCAAGGUGCUAUAGCCCAAUUGGCGAACAAAGGUUUCGGCGGCACAUCUACAACAAAUUAUACUGCGAGGAUGCCUACUGACCGCCAUGCUGUAGAGUACAACAUGCGUCAUAAGAAUCGGGGACUGGCCCUAAUUUUCAAUCACGAGCAUUUUACUGUGCAAACACUGAAAUCGAGAUCGGGCACAAAUGUUGAUUGUGAAAAUCUGGCCAGGUGUCUCAAACAACUUGACUUUGAUGUGCAAAUUUAUAAAGAUUUAACACUGAAGGAACUUAUACGUCAUGUUGAGUGGGCAGCAAGCCAAGAUCAUACUAACAACGAUUGUAUAUUGGUGACGAUUCUUUCACACGGCGAAUUAGGCUACAUUUACGCCAAGGACACUCAAUAUAAACUGGACAGUAUAUGGAGUUAUUUCACAGCUCAACACUGUCCUACAUUGGCGGGGAAGCCUAAACUAUUCUUUAUACAGGCUUGCCAAGGUGAUCGUCUGGAUCCUGGAGUAACAAUGAAACGUGCAGUGACUCAAACUGACGGUGAGUCAUCGAUGAGUUAUAAAAUACCAGUACAUGCCGAUUUUCUUAUCGCAUACUCAACUAUACCUGGUUUUUAUUCGUGGCGUAAUACAACCCGAGGAUCUUGGUUUAUGCAGUCAUUGUGUGCUGAACUCACAGCGAAUGGAAAACGGUACGAUAUACUGACUUUACUUACGUUUGUUUGCCAACGCGUUGCCGUCGAUUUUGAGUCCUGUACUCCUGAUACACCAGAUAUGCACCAACAGAAGCAAAUACCGUGUAUAACAACAAUGCUUACACGAAUACUACGAUUCUCCGAAAAGAAUCCAGCAGUACCAGCUGCCAGAGUUUAA